UGGGAGGCUUGCGGGGGUGGUGCUGCUAUUUGCAGGCGGCAGCGGCGCAGGCGGCGGCGGCGGCACGGUGCAGAGCUCACACCGCGCCUUUGCAGCAGCCAGCAGCAGCAACUGCGGAAGCACUCCCGCGGUCACAGCCUCUGCGCUGGUACAGCCACCCUCUCUCCCUCUGCUCUUCCUCCCUUCGCUCGCACCAUGGCUGAUCAGCUGACCGAAGAACAGAUUGCUGAAUUCAAGGAAGCUUUCUCCCUAUUUGAUAAAGAUGGCGAUGGCACCAUCACAACAAAGGAACUUGGAACUGUCAUGAGGUCACUGGGUCAGAACCCAACAGAAGCUGAAUUACAGGAUAUGAUCAACGAAGUGGAUGCUGAUGGUAAUGGCACCAUUGACUUCCCAGAAUUUUUGACCAUGAUGGCUAGAAAAAUGAAAGACACAGACAGUGAAGAAGAAAUCCGUGAGGCAUUCCGAGUCUUUGACAAGGAUGGCAAUGGCUACAUCAGUGCGGCAGAGCUACGUCACGUCAUGACAAACUUAGGAGAAAAACUAACAGAUGAAGAAGUAGAUGAAAUGAUCAGAGAAGCAGAUAUUGAUGGGGAUGGACAAGUCAACUAUGAAGAAUUCGUACAGAUGAUGACUGCAAAAUGAAGACCUACUUUCAACUCCUUUUCCCCCCUCUAGAAGAAUCAAAUUGAAUCUUUUACUUACCUCUUGCAAAAAAAAAAAAAAAAAGUUCAUUUAUUCAUUCUGUUUCUGUAUAGCAAAACUGAAUGUCAAAAGUACCUUCU